AUGCGGCUUGGGCUGUGUGUGGCCGCCCUGGUUCUGAGCUGGAUGCAUCUCUCCUCCGAGGGUAGCCGGGGGAUCAAGGGGAAGAGGCAGAGGCGGAUCAGUGCCGAGGGGAGCCAGGCCUGCGCCAAAGGCUGUGAGCUCUGCUCCGAAGUCAACGGCUGUCUGAAGUGCUCACCCAAGCUCUUCAUCCUGCUGGAGAGGAACGACAUCCGCCAGGUGGGCGUCUGCCUGCCCUCCUGCCCUCCCGGUUACUUCGAUGCCCGCAACCCCGACAUGAACAAGUGCAUCAAGUGCAAGAUUGAACACUGCGAGGCAUGCUUCAGCCACAACUUCUGCACGAAGUGCAGGGAAAGCCUGUUUCUGCACAAGGGUCGCUGCUACCUUGCCUGCCCAGAGGGCUCCACUGCUGCCAACGGCACCAUGGAGUGUGGCAACCCUGCACAAUGUGAACUGAGUGAAUGGUCACCCUGGGGGCCAUGCUCUAAGAGAAAGAAGCUCUGUGGUUUCCGGAGGGGCACCGAGGAGAGGUCGAGGAGAGUGCUGCAUGCGCCUGGAGGGGACCACACCAUCUGCUCGGACACCAAGGAGACCCGGAGGUGCACAGUUCGGAGAACACCAUGUCCUGAAGGGCAGAAGAGGAGGAAGGGGGGCCAAGGCCAGCGGGACGGUGCCAAGAGGAAAUCAAACCGAAAGGAGAGCAAGGAGGUGGGCACCAGCUCCCAGAGACGCAAGGCUCUGCACCGAGGACCAAAACAGCUACUGAUGGCAAUGGUGGGAGAAGGUCUAAUGGUGGGCUUCGACUUCCUUGACUUCUGGAGAGAAGAGGCCCAGGACAAUGGCUGGAGAAGGGGCGGAGCCAAGAGCGCGGCGGCGGCGGCGGCGGCGGCGGCGUUGGCGGCGCGCGCCGGCCGGAAGUCGUCCCUAGGAGGCCGCGUCGCGAGCGGAAGUGACGUCACCCGGACCCACGUGGUGGUGGUGGUGGUGGUGCGCGGUUACCGUGGGGUUGCUUCGCUCCGGCCGGGCCCGGGAAGUUUCGUGCUCGAGCGCUCGUGA